UGCGUGGGGCGUAGCAAGGGACGGAAGCUCUGCCGGCACGACCGCCGCCCACCCGAGCCUAUCUGGGCUGCGUCUCGCCGCCGCUGCUCUUCGUGGCCCAACGCCCCAAUCCUUGCCCGUCCUUGCAGUCCCACCCCACACUCAGCCUUGUGUCCCUCGAUCUGGUCUCCGACUUCCAUUUCCCACCCUAAACCGCCUACCCGUUGUCUGUUCCCCGCCCGGUCGUCCUAGCCCUGCUGCGCUGAGGGUCGCCUGUCAGCCUCGACCCCAUGGCGCUGCAGACGCUGCAGAGCUCGUGGGUGACCUUCCGCAAGAUCCUGUCUCACUUCCCCGAGGAGCUGAGUCUGGCUUUCGUCUACGGCUCCGGGGUGUACCGCCAGGCAGGGCCCAGUUCAGACCAGAAGAAUGCUGUGCUGGACUUUGUGUUCACAGUAGAUGACCCUGUCGCAUGGCAUUCAAAGAACCUGAAGAAAAAUUGGAGCCACUAUUCUUUCCUAAAAGUUUUAGGGCCCAAGACUAUCACAUCCAUCCAGAAUAACUAUGGCGCUGGAGUUUACUACAAUUCAUUGAUCAUGUGUAAUGGUAGGCUUAUCAAAUAUGGAGUUAUUAGCACUAAUAUUCUGAUUGAAGAUCUCCUCAACUGGAAUAACUUAUACAUUGCUGGACGACUCCAAAAACCGGUGAAAAUUAUCUCAAUGAACGAGGAUGUCACUCUUAGAUCAGCCCUCGAUAGAAAUCUGAAGAGUGCUGUGACCGCUGCUUUCCUCAUGCUUCCCGAAAGCUUUUCUGAAGAAGACCUCUUCAUAGAGAUUGCUGGUCUCUCCUAUUCAGGUGACUUUCGGAUGGUGGUUGGAGAAGAUAAAACAAAAGUGUUGAAUAUUGUGAAGCCCAAUAUAGCCCACUUUCGAGAGCUCUAUGGCAGCAUACUACAGGAAAAUCCUCAAGUGGUGUAUAAAAGCCAACAAGGCUGGCUGGAGAUAGAUAAAAGCCCAGAAGGACAGUUCACUCAGCUGAUGACAUUGCCCAAAAGCUUACAGCAACAGAUAAAUCAUAUUAUGGACCCUCCUGGAAAAAACAGAGAUGUGGAAGAAACUUUAUUCCAAGUGGCUCAUGAUCCUGACUGUGGAGAUGUGGUGCGACUAGGGCUUUCAGCAAUCGUGAGACCGUCUAGUAUAAGACAGAGCACAAAAGGCAUUUUUACUGCUGGUAAGAGCUUUGGAAAUCCAUGUAUAACAUACCUGCUGACUGAGUGGCUUCCACACUCUUGGUUACAGUGUAAAGCUUUGUAUCUUUUAAGUGCUUGUGAAAUGCUGAGCUUUGAUGCCCAUAAACUGGGAUAUUGCAGUAAGGUACAAACAGGCAUAACAGCAGCAGAAUCUGGUGGUCUAACAAUGUCAGACCAUUGGCAGUGCUGUUGGAAGCUUUAUUGCCCUUCUGAAUUUUCUGAGAAACUUCCUGUGUGCAGGGUUUUACCCUCAUGUUGUUUUAUUUAUCGAAGUUACAGAUGCAUAGGAUUGCAAAAACAGCAGCACCUGUGCUCCCUCUCCUCUUCCCCUUCUCUGAGACAACUGCUUCCAUCUGUCUUAGUGGAUUAUUUUUGUUUUUACUGCCAAUUCUCUAAAUGGUAAGUUUUCGUUGCUCCUUCUCUGCGUUUCAACUUUAGGUAUCAUCUAUUGACUUCUCUCUAUGGGAGGUUAGAAUUCAACUCUGGCACCUACCCUCAUCAAAUGUACGCACCCUCCCAUCCCUCUGUCCUCCCAAUAUAGUUGUCUUGUGGUUUUGGCUAAUUAGUUUUCAGUUUGAUGGUAUGGUGAGCCACAGAGUACACCUUUCCUUCCCUGCAUAAUGUUCUUCUCUCAUGGAGAGUGUCUCCACUGUCCCCUCUAGGGGGUCCCCCAUUUCUUGUAUCUCAUGUCUUUCACUUGCUUGGUGCACACUCUCAUUUUGGUGAAGCACAUUUUCCAGUAAUUUCCUGAGAAAGGGAACAUGGAAGGCACAUUUGGAGACCAUGUAUGUCUGAAAGUCUUUUUUGUCUGCCUUCACCAAUAAUUAAUACUUAGGCUGGAUAUAGAUUAGAAAUCACUUUCCUUUAAAAUUUUGAGAUCAUUGCUGCAUUUGUCUUUUACUUCUAGGAUUGUUGUCUAUGUCUGAAGCCAAUCUGAUUCUUCAUCCUUUGUGUAUGUUAUUUCUGGAAGCAUGUUAGGUCUUUAUUUUUCCCCAGUGCUCUGAAUUCUCUCAGUGAUGUGCUUUGAUGUGAGUCUGUUUUUAUCUGUUUUAUCUGUUUUACCGGGAACUCAUUGCCCUUUCUGUUCGGAGACUCAGAAUAUAAGCAUAUAAGAAAAAUGUUUUAAAUUUUUUCUUUAAUUUUGUCCCAUCUGUUUUCUCUGUUCUCUUUCUGGAACUCCUUUUAUUCAGAUAUUGCACCUCCUAGAUUAGUCUUUGGUUUUCUUUCUUUUGUCUUCUAUUUUUUGUCUGUUUGUUCUUUUGCUCUGCUUUGGAAGAUUUUCUCGAAUUUCUCAACUUUAGCUUCCAACCCUUCUGUUGAGUGUUAAUAAUUUCCAGGAACUCUCUCUUUUCUUGCUGUUCUCUGAAUGCUCCUGUUUUUUGCAUGCUAUUCUUGUUUUAUGGCCUAAAUAUUUGAAAUCUCUUUGGAGGACAAAGUGGCUGUAUCAGUUCGUCGUCCCACAGGCAAAGUAGGAGAAUACUCUUUUCUUCCCAUUUUUUCCAACAUUUGGCAUCAUUAAGUGAUUGACUUUUCUAGUUCAGGCUUUCUUCAUGUAAGCACCCAUUGAGCAUCUCUCAUGUGCCAGCUGCUCGGGAUACAAAAGUGAACACAACGCUGCAUUAGUCUGUUCUCACGCUGCUAAUAAAGACAUACCUCAGACUGGGUAAUUUAUAAAGGAAAGAGGUUUAAUUGAUUAGCAGUUCCACAUGGCUGGGGAGGUCUCAGAAUCAUGGCAGAAGGUGAAUGAGGAGCAAAAUCAUGUCUUACAUGGAGGCAGGCAAGAGAGCAUGUGCAGGGGAGCUCCCUUUUAUAGAACCAUCAGAUCUCGCAACACUUAUUCACUGUUAUGAAAACAGCACAGGAAAGACCUGCCUCCGUGAUUCAAUUACCUCCCACCAGGUCCCUCCCAUGACGUGGGGAUUAUUACAAUUCAGGGUGAGAUUUGGGUGGAAACACAGAGCCAAACCAUAUUAAAUGCUAUACUGACUUCCAGAAGCUUAUAAUUUAGAAGGGAAAAGAGAUGUGCUAACAGAAAUUUGCAAGAGUGGGAGAAAUAGCACAGAGGUACCCCUAAAAAGGGAGUGAUCUUUCAACCUAAUUCUAAUCCCUGGGUUUGAGAUUGCUGGGGAGCUGGUGUGGUCACACCUCUCAGUGUCUCAUAGCCCAGCUGCUUGGAUACUCCUCUGAGCAUUUGGCCCUCAAGGACCGUGUUGCCCUCCUGAAUCACUGGAAAGAUUCAACAAGGCCAGGCGUGGUGGCUCACACUUAUAAUCCCAGCACUUUGGGAGGCCAGGGCGGGAGAAUUGCUUGGGCUCAAGAGUUCAGGACCAGCCUGGGCAACACAGCAAGACCCUGUCUCUUUAAAAAUAACAAAAAUAGGCCAGAUGCGAUGGCUCACACCUAUAAUCCCAGCACUUUGGGAGGCCAAGGUAGGAUCACUUGAGUCCUGGAGUUCGAGAUCAGCCUGGGCAACAUGGUGGAACCCCGUCUCUACAAAAAAUACAAAAAAUAGGCUGGGUACGGUGACUCAUACCUGUAAUCCUAGUACUUUGGGAGGCCGAGACAGGCAGAUUGCCUGAGCUCAGGGGUUUGAGACCAGCCUGGGCAACAUGGUGAAACCCCGUCUCUACUAAAAUACAAAAAAUUAGCUGGGCGUGGUGACGCAUGCCUGUAGUCCCACCUUUGAGAGGCUGAGGCAGGAGAAUUGCUUGAACCUGAGAGGCGGAAGUUGCAGUGAGCCAAGAUUGUGCCACUGCACUCCGGCCCGGGCGACAGAGUGAGACUUUGUCUCAAAAGAAAAAAAAAAAAAAAAAAAAAAGUGCUGGGCGUGAUGGUGCGCACCCAUAGUCCUGAGCCCAGGAAGUUGAGGCGGCGUUGAGCUGAGAAUGCACCGCUGCACUUCAGUCUGGGUGACAGAGUGAGACCCUGUCUCAAAAAAAAAUUAAUAAAAAUAUUGUAUAAAUUAAAAUUUCAACAGACUUAGUAGCACUUGUGUCACAUCUGCUGAACUAAAGAUUUUCCUACCAUUUGGGUGCAUGGCUUUGCAUUUCCAGUUAAGAUAUUCAUUUAAUCUAUGUUCCUGCUAGUUUACUCUGGCAAGACUGAAGAUGAGGUACUUUUGUUUGUUUGGGUGAUUCAUGCUGUCAAUCUGAAUUUUGCGUAAUUGCCUUUCCCUUGCCGUGAUCCUCCUUGGGUGAGGCUUAAUGAUUUGUUUUGUUGUUGGUGUCCCAUGCUAUAAGGAAUUAUUGGAAUUACUAGAAUUAUUGUUAAUUAUUUUUCAGUUGUAACAAUGGUGGUGUUAAUGGAGCUUUUUAAAAAAUUCCCUUUCUUUUAGAGAUGCAUACUAAAAUAAUUCCAGAUGCAAUGAUAUGUUGUCUGGGGUUUGCUUCAAAAUAAAACAUGGCAGAGGGCAGUGGGUAAUGGGUAGAUGACACAAGAUUGGCCAUGAGCUGAUAUAUUGUCAAAGCUAGGUAAAUAUACAUGGGGCUGUUUUAUACUAUUCUGUCUGUUAUUUAAGUUUGAAUUUUUCUCUAAUAAAAGGCUGAAAAAGAUCUUGACACCUUCAACCUGAAAUGAGCCUUUGGUCCUCUUCCCACUCAUUACUUCCACUCACCAGCAGAGGGCAGUUGAUCACAGAACCCACAGCUCAGCUGUCCUUGUGGCCCUGGAGUGCUGAUGCUGCUUCCCGAGUGCUUACUGCUUGCUUCCCCUUCACUUUUUUUUUUCUUUUUAAUUUUUAAAAUGUUUAAGGAAUACAAGUGCGUUUUUCUUACAUGGUGAAGUCUGGGCUUUUAAUGUACCCAUCAUCACCCAAAUAGUGAACAUUGUACCUGGUAGGUAAUUUUCCAACCCUCACCUCCUCCCACCCUCACACUUUUUAUAGUCACCAGUGUCAUUCUAUUCUGUAUGCUCAUGCAUACACAUUGUUUAGCUCCCACUUAAAGUGAGAACGUGUGAUACUUGAAUUUCUGUUUCUGAGUUAUUUCACUUAGAGACGUGGCCUCCGGUUCUGUCCAUCUUGCUGCAAAAGACAUGAUUUCAUUCUUUGUUAUGGCUAAGUAGUAUUCAAGGUGAGAUAUAGAUGUAGAUAUACACACACUUUUGUUAUCCAGUCCUCCAUUGAUGGACACUUUGCUUAAUUCCAUAUGAUUGCUAUUGUGACUAGUGCUGCCAUAAACAUACAAGUGGUUUUUUUUGUUUUUGUUUUUGAUAUAAUGAUUUCUUUCCCUUUGGAUGUAUACACAGUAAUGGGAUUGCUAGAUCAAAGGUUAAUUCUAUUUUUAGUUCUUUAAGAAAUCUCCAUACUGUUUCCCAUAAAGGCUGUACUAAUUUAGAUUCCCUUCAACAGUGUAUAAGCAUUCCCUUUUCUCCACAUCUGCACCAACAUCUGUUUUUUGUUUUUUUUGCGAGACAGCAACAGCCUUGCUCUGUUGCUCAGGCUGGAGUACAGUGGUGCGAUCUCACCUCACUGCAACCUCCACCUCCUGGGUUCAACUGAUUCUCUGCCCUCAGCCUCCUGAGUAGCUGCGAUUACAGGUGUGUGUCACCACACUUGGGUAAUUUUUGUGUUUUUAGUAGAGAUGGGGUUUCACCAUAUUGGCCAGGCUAGCCUCAAACUCCUGGCCUCAAGUGAUCCACCCAGCUCAGCCUCCAAAGUACUGGGAUUAUAGACAUGAGCCACAAUGCCCAGCCUCAACAUCUGUUUUUUGAUUUUUUAGUAAUAGCCAUUCUGACUGGUAUAAGAUGGUAUUUCAUUGUGGUUUUAAUUUGCAUUUCUCUCGUGAUAAGUGAUGUUGAGCAUUUUUUUCAUGUUUGUUGGUAGUUUGCAUGUCUUCUUUUGAAAAAAUGUCUGUUCAUGUCCUUUCCCCACUUUUUAAUGAAGUUCUUUUUUUCCUUGUUGAGUUGUUUGAGUUCCUUAUAGAUUCUGGAUAUUAGCCUUUGUUGGAUGCCUUCUUCUGCAAAUAUUUUUUUCCUCGUUUUGUAGGUUGUCUUUUGGUGCUCUGUUGAUUGUUUCUUUUGCUAUGCAAAAGCUUUUUAGUUUAAGUCCCAUUUAUCUAUUUUGUUGUGUUCGCUUUUGAGGACUUGAUCAUAAAUUCUGUGUCUCGGCCAGUGUCCAGAAGACAUAGGUUUUCUUCUAGGAUUUUUAUAGUUUCAGGUCAUACAUUUGGGUCUUUAAUCCAUUUUAAGUUAAUUUUUUUAUAUGGUGAGAAGUUUGUGUCCAGUUUCAUUCUUCUGCAUAUGGCUAUGCAGUUUCCCCAGCACCAUUUAUUGAAUAGAGUAUCUUUUCCCCAUGUAUAUUUUUGUUGACUUUGUCAACGAUCAGUUAGUUGUAGGUAUGUGGCUUUAUUUUUGGGUUGCCUGUUCUAAUCUGUGUGUCUGUUUUUAUUUAUUUAUGUUUAGUUUUUUGAGAUGGAGUUCCACUCUUAUUGCCCAGGCUGGAGUGUAGUGGCGCGAUCUCAGCUCUCUGCAACCCCCACCUCCCGGGUUCAAGUGAUUCUCCAGCCUCAGCCUCCCGAGUAGCUGGGAUUACAGGCACCCACCACCAAGCCCGGCUAAUUUUUGUAUUUUUAGUAGAGACGGAGUUUCACCAUGUUGGCCAGGCUGGUCUCAGAACUCCUGACCCCAGGUGAUCUGCCUGCCUCGGCCUCCCAAAGUGCUGAGAUUACAGAUGUGAGCCACUGGACGCCCAGCCGUGUGUUUGUUUUUAUAUCAGUACUGUGCUAUUUUGGUUACUACAGCCUUGUAGUAUAAUUUUAAGUCAGAUAAUGUGAUGCCCUUGUUCUUUUUGCUUAGGAUUGCUUUGGCUAUUUGGACUUUUUUUUUGGUUCCCUAUGAAUUGUAGAAUUAUUUCUUUCUGAUGCUAUGCAUAAUGAUAUUGGUAAUUUGAUAGGGAUUGUGUUGAAUCUGUAGAUUGCUUUGUACAGUAUGGUCAUUUUAACAAUAUUCUUCCAAUCCAUGAGUAUGGGAUAUUUUUCCUUUUUUGUGUAUCACCUACAGUUUCUUUUCUUUUUUUUUUUUUUUUUUUUGAGACAGAGUCUCGCUCUGUCGCCCAGGCUGGAGUGCAGUGGCGCAAUCUCGGCUCACUGCAAGCUCCGCCUCCCGGGUUCGCGCCAUUCUCCUGCCUCAGCCUCUCCGAGUAGCUGGGACUAUAGGUGCCCGCCACCACGCCCGGCUAAUUUUUUUUGUAUUUUUAGUAGAGACGGGGUUUCACCAUGGUCUCGAUCUCCUGACCUCAUGAUCUGCCUGCCUCGGCCUCCCAAAGUGCUGGGAUUACAAGCGUGAGCCACCGCGCCCGGCUACAAUUUCUUUCAUCAGCAUUUCGCAGUUCUCCUUAUAGAGAUCUUUCACCUCCUUGUUUAACUAUAUUCCUGGGUUGUCUUUCUUCUUUAUUUGUGGCUACUAUAAAUGGGAUUGCCUUCUAGAUUUGGUCUUCAGCUAGAUUGUUAUUGAUGUAUAGAUUUCUGUACAUUAAUUUUAUAUUCUGAAACUCUACUGAAUUCAUUUAUCAAAUCUAAGAGUUUUCUGGUGGAGUCUUUAGGGUUUUCUAGAUAUAAGAUAAUAUCAUCAGUGAUAGGAAUAAUUUGACUUCCUCUUUUCGCAUAUGGAUACUCUUUUUUGUUUUUGGAGACGGAGUCUCGCUCUGUUGCCCAGGCUGGAGUGCAGGUGCAGUGGCGUGAUCUUAACUCACCAUAACCUCCAUUUCCAGGGUUUAAGUGAUUCUCCUCCCUCAGCCUCUCGACUAGCUGGGACUACAGGUGCAUGCCACCAUGCCUGGCUAAUUUUUGUAUUUUUAGUAGAGAUGGAGUUUCACUGUGUUGGCCAGGCUGGUCUCGAACUCCUGACCUCGUGAUCCACCCACCUCUGCCUCCCAAAGUGCUGGGAUUACAAGCGUGAGCCACCGCAUAUGACUUCCAUAUGGAUCCUUUUUACUUUUUCUCUUGCCCAAUUGUUCUUGUGAGAACUUCCAGUAUUACAUUGUAUAACAGUGGUAAAAGGGGGCACGUUUGUCUUGUUCCAGUUCUUAGAAGGCGUGCUUUCAACUUUUCCCUGUCAAGUAUGAUGUUAGGUGUGGAUUUGUCAUAUAUGACCUUUAUUAUGUUGAGGUAUGUUCCUUCUGUGCCCAAUUUGUUGAGGAUUUUUAUCAGGAAAGGAUGCUGAACUUUAUUGACUGCUUUUUUUUUUUUUUUUUUUUUUUUUGAGACAGAGUCUUGCUCUGUCACCCAGGCUAGAGUGCAGUGGUGCAAUCUCAGCUCACAGCAACCUCUGCCUCCUGGUUGAAGCAAUUCUACUGCCUCAGCCUCCCAAGUAGCUGGGACUAUAGGCACGCAUCACCACGCCUGGCUAAUUUUUGUAUUUUUAGUAAAAUCGGAGUUUCACCAUGUUGGCCAGGCUGGCCUUGAACUCCUGAUCUCAAGUGAUCUGCCCGCCUUGGCCUCUCAAAGUGCUGGGAUUACAGGUAUGAGUCACUGUGCCCAGCCUAUUGAAUGCUUUUUCUGCAUCUAUUUAGACGAUCAUGUGGUUUUUGUCCUUAAUUCUGUUAAUGUGAUGUAUCACAUUUAUUGAUUUGUGUAUAUUGAACCAUCCUUGCAUUCCUGGGAUAAAUCCCACCUGAUCAUAAUGUAUUCUCUUUUUGAUGUGCUGUUGGAUUUAAUUUGCUAGUAUUUUGUUGAGGAUUUUUAUGCCUGUGUUCAUCAGGGAUAUUGGUCUGUAAUUUUCUUUUUUGGUGGUGUUGUGUCCUUGUCUGUUUGGUACCAAGGUGAUAGCAGCCUCAUAGAAUGAGUUAGGGAGAAUUCCCUCCUUUAUCUUUUUAGAAUAGUUUCAGAAGGAUUGGUAUUCAUUCUUUCUGUGUUUAGUAGAGUUCAGCUGUGAAUCCAUCAGGUCCUGGGCUUCUUUUUGUUGUUGGGAGAUUUUUAUUAGUGAUUCAAUCUUGCUACUACAUUACUGAUCUUUUCAGAUACUCUGUUUCUUCCUGGUUCAAUCUUGAAGAUUAUGUUUCCAUGAAUGUAUCAAUUUCCACUGGGUUUUCUAGUUUGUGGGCAUCUAGUUGUUUAUAAUAGUCUCUGAUGAUCUUCUGUAUGUCUGUGGUAUCAGUUGUAAUGUCUCCUUUUUCAUUUCUGAUUGUGUUUAUUUGUAUCUCUUCUUGUCUUGUAUCUUGUUUAUUUGUAUCUCUCCUGUCUUCUUACCCUUAGCUAGUGGUUUAUCAAUUUUGUGUCUCUUUCAAAGAACCAACUUUUCUUUUCUUUUUUUUUGAGUCAGGGUCUGGCUCUAUCGCUCAGGCUACAGUGCAGUGGCACAAUCAUGGCUUACUAAAAUAUUUGCCUCCCAGGCUUAAGCAAUCCUCCAACCUCAGUCUCUCGAGUAGGUGGGACUACAGUGCACACUACCAUGCCUGGCUAACUUUUGUAUUUUUUGUCAAGAUGAGAUUUUGCCACAUUGCCCUGGCUGGUCUUGAACUCCUGGAAUCUCGAUCUGCCAGCCUCAGCCUCCCAAAGUGCAGGGAUUACAGGCAUGAGCCACUGCACCUGGUCCCAACUUUUCAUUUUGUUGAUACUUUGUAUGGUUUUUUGGUCUCUAUUUUAUUUAGUUCUGCUCUGAUCUUUGUUAUUUCUUUUCUUCUGCUAAGUUUUUGAGUUUAGUUCUUUUUUUUCUUGUUCCUUGAGGUAUGGCAUUAGGUUGUUAAUUUGUGAUCUUCCUACUUUUUUAUGUAGACAUGUAAUGCUGUAAACAUUAGUAGUGCCCUCUUAGCACUGCUUUUGCUGCAUCCCACAGGCUUUGGUAUGUUGUGUUUUCAUUUUUAUUUGUUUCCAAAAAUUUUUAAGGUCAGGCAUGGUGGCUCAUGCCUGUAAUCCCAGCACUUUGGGAGUCUAAGGUGGGUGGAUUGCUUGAGCCUAGGAGUUUGAAACCAGCCUGGGCAACAUGGAAAAACCCCAUUUCUACAAAAAGUUAGUUGUGCAGCUGUGCAUGGUGGUAUGUGCCUGUAGUCCCAGCUACUCAGGAGGCUGAGGCAGGAGGAUCACUCGAGCCAAAGGAGUUUGAGGCUACAGUGAGCCAUGAUUGUACCACAGCCUGAGUGACACAGUAAGACCCAGUCUCAGGGGAAAAAAAUCUUCAUUGACCCAGUGAUUAAGUGAUUAUUUAGGGGCAUGCUGUUUAAUUUCCAUGUAUUUGUAUCAUUUCUGAAGUUCCUCUUAUGUUGAUUUCUAGCGUUAUUCUACUAUUGUCUGAGAAGAUACUUGGUUUUUAAAAAUUUAUUAAGACUUGUUUUGUAGCCUAAUGUGUGAUGUGUGAUCUAUCUUUAAGAAUGUUUCUUCUCCCUUUUUUUUUCUUUGUUGAGACAGGGUCUUGCUCUGUUGCCCAGGGUGAAGUGCAGUGGUGUGAUCAUGGCUUACUGUAGCCUUGACCUCCUAGGGUUAAGCAGUCCUCCCACCUCAGCCUCCUGAGUAGCUGGGACCACAGGCACAUACCACCAUGCCUGGCUACAUUUAUUUUUAAUCUUCUUUUUUGUAGAGACAAAGUCUCCCUAUGUAGCCCAUGCUUGAAGAAUGUUUUAUGUGCUGAUGAAGAGAACAUAUAUUCUGUAGAUGUUGGGAAGAAUGUUCUGUAAAUGUCUGUUAAGUCUAUUUGGUCUAAAGUCCAGUGUUUCUUUGUUAAUUUUUUGCCUCGAUGGUCUGUAUAGUGCUGUGAGUGGAAUGUUGAAGUCCCCCACUGUUAUUGUAUUGCUAUCUAUCUCUUUCUUUAGAGCUAGUAAUAUUUGUUUUGUGAAUUUGGGUGGUCCUAUGUUGGGUGCAUAUAUAUUUAGGAUUUGCUAUACCCUCUUGGUGAACUGAUCCCUUUAUCAUUAUAUAAUGACCUUCUUAGUCUUUUUUUUUUUUUUAACUGUUUUUGAUUUAGAGUCUGUUUUAUUUGACAUAUAUAUAGUUCUCCUUUUGAUUUCCUUUUGGAUGGAAUAUCUUUUUCCACCCCUUUACUUUCAGUCUAUUUGUGUCUUCACAGGUAAGGUGAGUUUCUUGCAGGUAGCAUAUAGGUGGAUUAUGUUUUUUUAAUCCGUUCUGCCAGUCUGUAUCUUUUAAGUGAAGCAUUUAAUCCAUUUACGUUUAAAGUUAAUAUUGAUAUGUGAGGUUUUGUUUCUGUCAUAUGGUUAUUUUCAAGUUAUUUUAUAAAUUCUUUGUUUUCUUUUUCUCUUUUUGUCCUUGUGUUUUGAUGAAAUUCUGUCAUUUGAUUUCUUUCUUUUCCUCUUUUGUGAGAUUGUUUUAUAAGAACUGUGAGUUUUAUAUUUCUGUGCAUUUUUGUGAUGGUGAAUAUCAACGUUUUAUUUCCAGGUUUAAGACUCCUUUGAGCAUUUCCUAUAGGGCUGGUCUAGUGGUGACAGAUUCCCUAGUAUUUGUCUAGGAAAGACUAGUCUCUUUCAUUUAUGAAGCUUAUUCUAGCUAGGAUGUAAAAUUCUUGGCUGACAGGGUUUUUUUCCUUCAGCACUUUGAAAAUGCUGUCCCAUUCUCUUCUGGCCUUUAAGGUUUCUGCUGAAAAGCCCACUGUUAGUCUGAUGAGGUUUCCUUUAUGGGUGACUAGAUGCUUUUCUCUUGCUUAUUUUAAAAUUGUUUCUUUUACUUUCACUUUAGACCUUCUGAUUAUAAUAUGCUAUGUUGAAGUCCUUUUUGUAGUGUAUUCACCUGGGGGUCAUUGGGUCUCUUGUAUCUGGAUAUCUGACACACUUGCUAGACUUGGGAAGCUUUCAUUGAUUAUUUCCUUAAAUAAAUUUUUCUAAACAUUUUAACCUCUCUUCCUGCUCAGCUUUUUCUUCACUUGAUGAAAAAUGAUGAUCAAAUGAUGCCACAUUGCAUUGUGGAAGUCCAGAAUGACAGAAUGUAUGUUACCUCACACUGAGGUGACAUAAAGCAUGGAAAGUGAUGAGAACCCCUUCAGAUUCUGUGGGUUAAAUGGCCUUAUGCUCUGGCUUCUCUGUUUAUUAUGGCCAAGGGCUGUGACAAAGGUUUCCUAGCAUAGUGCUGAGGGCAGAGGUUUGUGAGCUGCAGAGACUAGACCUCAAAUUACAACCUAACCAGUGUGACUUGGGCAAGUUACCUAAUUUUUCUGAGUUUUAACUUCAUAGGAAUAAUUAUGCCUGCCUCACCAGGUUGUGAAGAUUAUGUUUGUUUUUUUGUUUGUUUUGGGUUUUGUUUUUUUGGAGACAGGUUCUAGCUCAGGCCAGAGUGCAAUGGUGUAUUUUAUGGUUUUUUGUUUUUGUUUUUGUUUUGUUUUUUUGGAGACAGGUUCUAGCCCAGGCUAGAGUACAAUGGUGUGAUCCUCCCACUUUAGCCUCCCAAGUAGCUGGGUCUAAAGGAUGCAGUACCACACCUGGCUGUUUUUUUGUUUUGCUUUUGUUUUUUGUAGAGAUGGAGUCCCACUAUGUUGCCCAGGCUUGUCUCAAACUCCUGGGCUCAAGUGAUCCUCCCACCUCAGCCUCCCAAAGUGCUGGAAUUAUAGGGUUGAGCCACUGCACCUGGCUGGGAGAUUAUAUUUUAAGAUAUAUUAAGGCAUCUAGCAUUGUGUCUGGUUUUUCUUCUUUUGGUAUCAUUACCUAAAAGUUUCCUGACCUCUCUUUAAAACAAGCCUCUUUACAAUGUCAUAUUCAAAUAGUGUUAGCCCCUGGCCCAGGUCUCCAGCUGGGGUAAACUAACAGUGACAGGCACCGAUUGGCUGGUUUGCCUGUUUCUCUUUCCUCAUCCUCACAGUAAGUUUCAGAACCUCUAUCCUUCUCCACCUUGUUCUUUUUUUUUAACUUUUAUUUUAAGUUUGGGGUACAUGUGCAAGUUUGUUAUGUAGGUAAACUUGUGCCAUAGAGGUUUGUUAUACAGAUUAUUUUGUCACCUAUUUAUUAAGCCUAGUUAGAACCCAUUAGUUAUUUUUCCUGAUCCUCUCACCCCUCCCAUCCUCCACACAUCAGUAGGCCCCAGUGUCUAUUGUUCCCUUCUAUGUGUCUAUGUGUUCUCAUCAUUUAACUCCCACUUGUAACUGAGAAUAUGCAGCAUUUAGUUUUCUGUUCCUGUGUUAGUUUGCUGAGGAUAAUGGCCUCCAGCUCCAUCUAUAUCCCUGCAAAGGACAUGAUCUCUUUUUUAAUUAUGGCUGCAUAGUAUUCCGUGGUGUAUAUGUACCACGUUUUCUUUAUGCAGUCUACGAUUGAUGGGCAUUUAGGUUGAUUCCAUGUCUUUGCUAUUGUGAAUAAUGCUGCAAUGAGUAUACACAUGCAUGUGUCUUUGUGAUAUAAUGAUUUAUAUUCCUUUGGGUAUGUACUCCAGUAAUGGACUUGCUGGGUCAAAUGGCAGUUCUCUUUUUAGGUUUUUGAGGAAUCGGCACAUUGUCUUCCACAAUGAUUGAACUAAUUUACACCCCUGCCAGCAGUGUAUAAAUGUUCCUUUUUCUCCACAACCUCACCAGCUUCUGUUGUUUCUUGUCUUAAUAACAACCAUUCUGACUGCUGUGAGAUGGAAUCUCAUUGUGAUUUUGAUUUGCAUUCCUCUAAUUAUCAGUCAGUCAUGUUGAGCUUUUUUUCCUAUGAUUGUUGGCUGCAUGUAUGUCUUCCUUUGAAAAGUGUCUGUUCAUGUCCUUUGCCCACUUUUUAAUGGGGCUGUUUGUUUUUUUCUUGUAAAUUUGUUUAGGUUCCUUAUAGAUGCUGGACAUAUGUCAGAUGCAUAGUUUGCAAAAUUUUCUCCCAUUUCGUAGGUUGUCUGUUCACUCUGUUCUUCACUGUCUUGUUCUUUUGCUGUGCAGAAGCUCUUUAGUUUAAUUAGAUCCCAUUAAAAAUUUUUGCUUUUGUUGUAAUUGCUUUUGGCAUCUUUGUCAUGAAAUCUUUGCCCAUUCUUAUGUCCAGAAUGGUAUUGUCUAAGUUGUCUUCCAGGGUUUUUAUAGCUUUGCAUUUAAGUCUUUAUAAUCCAUCUUGAUGUAAUUUUUGUAUAUGGUAUGAGGAAGGGUCCAGUUUCAAUCUUCGGCAUAUGGCUAACCAGUUAUCCCAGCACCAUUUUUUGAAUAGGGAGUUCUUUCCCCAUUGCUUGUUUUUACCUGCUUUGUCAAAGAUCAGAUGGUUGUAGGUGUGCAGCCUUAUUUCCGGGUUCUCUGUUCUGUUCCAUUGGUCUGUCUGUUUUUGUACCAGUACCGUGCUGUUUUGGUUACUGUAGCCCUGUAGUUAUAGUUUGAAGUCGGAUAGCAUGAGGCCUCCAGCUUUGUUCUUUUUGCUUAGUGUUGCCUUGGCUAUUCGGGCUCUUUUGGUUCCAUAUGAAUUUUAAAAUAGUUAUUUUCUAGUUCUGUGAAGAAUGUCAUUGGUAGUUUAAUAGGAAUAGCAUUGAAUAUAUAAAUUGCUUUAGACAGUAUGACCAUUUUAACAGUAUUGAUUCUUUCUAUCUAUGAACAUGGAAUAGUUUUCCAUUUGUUUGUGUCAUCUCUGGUUUCUUUGAGCAGUGUUUUGUAGUUCUCCUUGUAGAGAGCUUUCACCCCCCUGGUUAGAUGUAUUCCUUUUUGUGGCAGUUGUGAGUGGGGUUGCGUUCUUAAUUUGGCUCUUGGCUUGACUGUUGUUGGUGUAUUGGAAUGCUGGUGAUUUUUGCACAUUGAUUUUUGUAUCCUGAGACUUUACUGAAGUUGUUUAUCAGCUGAAGGAGCUUUUGGGCUGAGAUCCACCUUGCUCUUUAUGAGUCCUUUUGUUGUCAUCAUAGCUGUUGUUGUUCUGCCUUGCUUUUUCUAGGUCCUUCUCCCCAAAAUUUCUCAAGUUCUGCCUCUGUUCAGUUUUUCAGCCAGCUUGUAUGUCAUCUGUAGGAUGAGAAAACCCUAGCAUAUUUGGUUUACUUUUUAUUCUUUUGUAGCCAUUACCUCUCCUCCCCUGUGCAACCUCCUACUCAUAAAUGGGAUAAAAAGGAAGAUUUGGUCUUCCCCUUAGCCAGCCAAUACAAAGGUCAAAUUCAGUUAAAUUCCGGGAAUCCGCUUAGUGAAGGAGCUAAGCUUGGGGUCAGAGGAUAGGGUUUUGGGGUUCUGAAUUAUUCAUUUCUUCACUCUAUGACUAUAGUAUGUUAUUGUCUCUUCUGUGAGGUGGUGGGAAUACUAAUACCCAACUCACGAGGUGUUCCAAGGCUUACAUGAGAGCGUCCAGGGUGUUAUCCAGAGGUGCUUUAUAAAUUUAGAUGAAUGUAGAUCUAAAUUUCACUCUAAUCCUACAAAAGAUGGAAGCCAGGCAUCUAUUACUAGCUCGGAGGACUGCCCUUCCUAGUAAACACUGUUGGAUAACAUGGCAGUAUGUCCUCAAUGCAGUCUCACUGAUGCUUUGUCUUUAUUAGUUCCCUUGAAAUUCCCUGACCAUCACAUACACUCAUGUUCAAAUGUGACUAGAGAAUUGCUUCCAAAACCAAACACUGUUUUCCUUUUCCUUUAGCCUGGGAGUUGAUUAUUUAGCAAAUCAUUUUAAUUUCCCUUAGACUGUGCUGCUAGUAGAAUAACAUCAUUCUCAUCAGAUCAGUAACUGAAGCCAGCUGGCUUAGGAGUACCAAAAGACUAUUUAGCCUCCUAAAACUUGCCUGCUCCUCCUUUCACGGUAGCAGCAGAUGACCUCACAUCUCAAACUGGCAACAAAAGACCAGCUAAGCAAACUGCAUAUUCGAGCAGCAGCCUUUUAUAAAGUUUCUAACCGCGAGUGGAGAGAAGGGGAACUGUCUGAGUACUCUGAUGUGGGAACAGGUAGUUGAGAAAUGGGGGAGUUUAGUGAUCAGAUGGAGAGAUAAGCAGGGGCCAAACAAAGACUUUAAAAGCCAUGUUAAGGAGUUCAAGGUUUCUUUUGAGGGCAGAAGGAAGUCACCAUAGGACUGCAGAAAGACUACUUUAGUUAGAGUAUAGAGAUCAAAUGGAAGGACAGUAAAACCAUUGCGAAGGAGACCGAAUAGAUAUGGCUACAGCCAGUCAGUUGAGGAGUUACAGCAGCCUGAACUCAGGUCAUUGCAGUUCAGACAGGAAAGAUUCACCGUGUUUAGAAGGGAACGACUGGGUCUUGGUGACUAAAGGGAUAUGGGACAUGAAGGAGGAGUCAGAACUAACUCCCAGGUUUUUGGCCUGGGAAUCAGUAGAGCCAUUCAUUCCCUGAGCAGAGGGGGAGGUUGGGCGAGGAUGAUGAGUUUAAUUUUUAAAUCUUAUUUUUUUCCCACCUGACUUUGUGGUCAAUCAGAAUUAACUCUGGGGACAAAUACCUGUUUACCUCUCUAGCUUCAAAAGAUUCAACUAAACUAAAUUAACAAGACAGGUUCAGUCUUGCUCCUAAAAGGCAUGCCUCAGUUGAUCCUUACCAGCCUUUUCCGGGAACACAGUAGAACGGAUUAGUCAUUAUCCUCUGCUUCUGAUUUCUUAAAACUGAAGCAUUUCUUCCAUUUGUCGGUACCUAUAUAUUUAAAUUAGAAGAACACUGGUGCUCUGAUGCUGAUUUGCUUAUCACUUAAGCCUGUGAGUUCUUAAAAUAAGUUGUACUUUUGCCUCAGAAGAGAUUUUCUUUGUAGGUGUAUCUGCUUAUGGUUGGAAAUGAACUGGAAGGAUAUUUGGGGGAUACUAAUUUUAUCAAAGGUCUGAAAUGUAAGAUUAUGGAAAGGUAGAGAUCUUUCACAGCCUAGCCAUAUUUCUACCUCACAUUGUUUCCUGGAGAGUUUCUCUGUCAGUAGACCCAUCUGUUUUAAGAUCACACGGGGAGUUCAUAGUCUUACGUGUUUAUUAACUUUGCUGUAGGUCAUGUGAAACAAGCUGGAAAUCAGAAGAGAAACCUUAGGAGCCAUAUAGUGACAUAGCUUUCUGCAUGCUUCUAAAACAAAAUCCUGACUUUAGAUUCUAACCAGAAUUCAUAAUGACUAGCUUUAGGUAAAUAAGGAUCUCUCUACAGGGGAUGCAUCUAAAGAGAUGUUGCAUUUUUAUCCAUCGAGGAAGGAGUGAGCAGAAUUCCUAAAUCAUCAUCCUUUCCUGUAGAAAGAGUAAGCUUAAUGUAAUCUGGGCACAGUGGCUCACACCUGUAAUCCUAGCACUUUGGGAGGCUAAGGUGGGAGGAUGGCGUGAGGCCAAGGGUUCAAGACCAGCCUGGGCAACAAAGCAAGACCCCAUCUCUACAAAAAUAAAAUAAAAUUAGCCAGGCGUGGUGGCACGUACCUGUAGCCCCAGCUACUCAGGAAGAUGAGGAGAGAGGAUCUCUUGAGCCCAGAAGAUGGAGGCUCCAGUGAGCUUUGAUGAUGCCACUGCACUCCAACCUGGGCGACAGAGUAAAAAAAUAAAAAAUAAAAAAAGUGAGCUUAAUGUAGACCAAGUAGAAGUCUAUGGAUUGUGGACUCUGUGAGGGCAGAGACCAUAGCUGUUGUCUAUACCAGUAUCCCUAGCAACUAGUUCAGUGUCUUGCUUUUACAGGUGCUCAAUAAAUAUUUGUUCUAUGUGUGACCAAAUAAAUGAAAGAUUCUAAAUUUUCUAGUAGUAGGAAAUAUCUCCAUAUAGAUAGAAAAAUGGAAAAAUCAUAAAUCUGAUGAAUUUUCACAAAGGGAACACCUUAUAGACCUAGUGCCCAGGUGAAGAAAUACAGUCAUGCCAGUUCCCAGUACCCCUCAUGCCCGUCACAGGCAUUGCUUCUCCGAGAGUAAGCACCAGCCUGACUCCCAGUGCCACGGUUCUGUUUUACCCAUUUUUUAACCAUGUAUAAGCAUGUCCUCUUUUGUGUCUUUCCCUGUUCAUUUAUAACAUAGAGAGAUUCAUCGUGUUGGGAGUAGCAGUGGUUCAUUUCUGCCCAGUGCAGUAUUCUGCUGUGUGAAUAUACCGCAAUUUAUCCAUUCUACUAUUGAUGGAUACUUGGGUUGUUCCCGCUUGGGACUAUUACAAGUUGUGCUGCUGUGAAUAUUUUUGUACCUGUCUUUUGGUGGGUGGGUGUAUGCAUUCCUGUCAGGUUAUGUACUGAGGGGUAGAAUUCCUGGAUGAUAAAGCAUGUGACUGUUCAGCUUUAGUAGAAACUGCUAAACAGUUGUCCACAUUCAUACUUGCACUUAGCAGAGCUUCUGUUGCAGCACCUCCCUGAAUACUUGUAUAGGUCUUUUUCAUUUUAGGCACUUUAGUGGGUGACUAGUGGUACCAUAUUGGGCUUUUAAUUUACAUUUUCCUCAUGACUGAGGAAGUCGAGCAGUUUUCUUUUGUUUAUUUGGAUAUCCUCUUUUGUGAAGCAUCUAUUCUAGUCUUUUGCUCAUUUUCCUACUGAGUUGUCUGUUUUGCUUACUGAAUUCUCUCUGCAGUCGGGGCACACCUCCAUUGUUGGAUACAUGUGAUGCCAAAAUCCCCUACUCUGUGGCUUGUCAUUUCACUCUCUUUUUUUUUUUUUUUUUGAGAUGGAGCCUUGCUCUGUUGCCAGGCUGGAGUGCAGUGGCAUGAUCUCGGCUCACUGCAAACUCCACUUCCCGGGCUCAAGUGAUUCCCCUGUCCCAGCCUCCCAAGUAGCUGGGACUACAGGCACAUGCCACCGCGCCCGGCUAAUUUUUUGUAUUUUAGUAGAGACGGGGUUUCACCAUGUUGGCCAGGUUGGUCUUGAUCUCCUGACCUCGUGGUCCGCCUGCCUCGGCCUCCCUAAGUAUUGGGAUUAUAGCUGUAAGCCAUGUCAUUUCACUCUCUUAAUGGUGUCUUUUGGUGAAAAGAAGUUCAUAAUUUCACGUAGUCCAAUUUAUCCAUUUCGUCUUCUAUAUGUUUAGCAGUUUUUUGUGUCCUGUUUAGAAAAUUUUUGCCUAUUCCAAAAUCGUGAAAUUUAAAUUCUCCACCUCUGUUGAAAUUAUAAUAUUAAGGCAGAAAAGACUCUUCAUUCUGACCUGUUGGUUCUUAGCCUUUUGCAAGUCCAGGAUUCCGGUGAAAAUCUGGCUAGAACUCUGGACGCCCUGUACAGAAGUGCACAUACACACACACACAGUAGAUUUUCCUGCACUGUUAGGGAGUUCACAAGACACUUAGACUUAUCUGUGGACCCCUUGUUAGAGAACCCCUCAUCUAUUCCAACCUAGUCAUUUUACAGAUAAGGAAAUUGAGGCCCAGGGAAAGGCCACUGUUAGUUUGUGGCCCACCUGGGACUGGAAUCCAGGUCUCUUGACUCCGAUUCUAGUGCUCUUUCUAACAGAUUUCCCUGCUGCAGUCUUUCUAAAAAUGUCUCACUGGCAAAGGGAGAAUGUUUUAGUCAAGGGAGAUUUCUGUCCACUAGCAGCAAAAAAAAAAUGGCUACAUGGUGACACUCUUCUACUUUAUGUAUUUACCUUAAAUGUUUAAGCUCCAAGGAACUGCUUUUUGAAGUUGAGCUGGGAAUUAUCAUGGCCCAUGCAUCCUCCUCUAGCUGUGACUCAGUGCCCUGGGGUUGCUAUAUGAACCUUUCCAUGUACAACUACCUGUAUUCAGCUUGGUCUUUUGGUUGGUUCUGGCUGGAAUUUUAAAAAGCACCUUAUGGAAUAAGCUUCUAGUCUCAAUGCUGAAGUGGGUGGGGUUUACCAGAGUGGUUGCUCCAGGGAGAAAAUUAAAAGGGGUGGAGGCACGGAAAGGAACUCUGAGUUUCACAGUUGACUAGGUUAUGUGGGUUUGCCAAUAGUCAGCUGGUAGACAAACGAAGCCAGAGUGUCUAGAAGUAUUCAUGAAUGAUUUUACUGCUCCCCUGCCACUGUCUGCAGUGGUCUUUUCCAAGGCUGUAAGUGGACUAAGCAGUUUACAGGUAACAGGGCCAGAUAUUUUCAAGCCAUCACUCAAACCCCAGUGCUAGGCAUGUCCAGAGCGAAACCUGUUACCUUGUCAGCAUGCUCACUAAAGUGCACUGCCGGCGUGUGCACUUCACACUCAUAGCACAGAUCACAGUUUGUGUCUCACAGUGAAAAAGACUGUUCAUAUCUUUGGGCCACACCCUCAAACACAAACUGAAUGAUCUCACCCUCAACACAAAGGAAGUUGAGUCCAUAAUAGCAUCCACAAAUAGGAUACUCUUAGAUCUGACAAAUAACACCCGUUUAUUUUAUUCCAUUUUUCUUCUUUCCCCUAUGCCCCUGGAGAGCCUUUUUCCAGUUUCAUCACACACUCGUGACUAAGUAGAUGGGGGUGCUAGGGGAAAAGCUGUCCGAAUGAGGCACAGUUGUCCUGUCAUUUCAAAAGCUUUUACAGAGCACCUGCUGUGUUCUGGGUCCUGUACUAGGUGACGGGGCCACCUAGGUGAAUAGGACAAGGUCCCUAUCCUCAGGAAGCUCCCAGUCCAGGCAGAGGCAUGGGUGAAUCAGGCCACACGUACUGCGCAGUGUGUUGAGUGAGCACAGAUGCUGUGGGGCCACCCUGUGGGUCCAGGGAAGCACUUCCUAGAGAAGAAAUCUAAACAGAGAUUCCAAGUCAACGAGGCAGAAAGUGAUGGGAACAGCAUUUGUCAUAGGCAGACAGGUGGCUUUCACAGUGACAUAGAGACAGUGAGGUGGGGUUGGAAUUUAGGCCUGAGAGAGAGAACAGGGACCCAGUGGCAUACAGAGUCUUAUCCUUGUCCUACCUUUUUGAAAGAGCUAAAUUCAGAGGCUGCCAAUAUGUUCAUAACUCAAAAGGAUCAGUUAUCCCAAUAACUUAGGAACCGUUGGCAUCCAUAUCCCUAAAUCGGAAAAUGCCAAAAUCAGAAUCAUUUCCCCCUACAUUGAUCACAGUGACCUGUAAUCACCUUCAGCUCCCUGGUCUCCUAGAGCCACUGGUCAGCCCCUCGCUACCCUCCUCCAAAGACAAGUCUCUGCUCAGACUGUCACUGAAACUCUGAGCAUCCACUCAACAAGCCUCCAUUUUCUUACUUUCUCAUCUCUUCUCUUUUAGGCCUGAAGAAGUCAGUGAUUUAUAGUUCACUAAAACUGCACAAAAUGUGGAAAGGGUGGCUGAGGAAAACAUCUUGAUUUUGCUUGCUUUUAUAUAUGUUAUGUAUAGAUGAAUAAAGUGUUUGAUCCUUUUUGACAGAA